UACUUACAUUCUGUUCACUUGCACUCGAAUUGCAAAAUGUGUAUACUUGUGGUGUCUAUAUCCAUACAUAAUUGUGCACGCCAGUCUAGACUCUAAAUUGCAAUAUUUUACAUAUAUAAAACAAAAUUAAACACCCGAUUAGUUAACUAUACGACUAAUAAACUAUAUGGCUAUAUUUAUUCAUUUAUGUACAUACAUUCAUACAAUUUCGCUGACAAAAUGGUACUGAAUUUCAUUAUAAUUAUUAUGCUUCGGUUUCCUGCGGACGAAUUUUCUGAAGAUAAUAAAGGAUCUCCGCACAUCGAUAAUCAUCAACAAAAAGAAAUUUUUAGCAAAUCUCUUUACCACUCACCAAUAUCUUCCGAUUUUUGUCCUGAAAAACUUAAAAAUAAUGGUUUACAAAAGGAUGGUGUUCCUAUUCAUGCAUCAUAUGCAACACACAUUAUUAAGUCCAGUUCACCAACUUCCAGCGUGGGAGAAUCAAUAUUUGUUCCAGACUUUAAUAGUCAAAUACCAACAUCAAAUGGUCAACAAAUGCAUACAAUGACGCCAAGUACUGAUAUCAACUUUUACAGCUUUCCCGAAUUUAUAUCUGACCAAGAAAAGAAUAUAUUGUCAGAUUCUGAGAAGAUUCUUCGUUCAAAAGAAAAUGAUAUAUAUAAUAACGAAUAUAAUCACAUACAUGAUGUAUUUGCCAUUCGCAAAUAUUAUCAUCCCUUAUUCGCUCAUGGAAUAUGUAGAUGGCCUGGUUGUGAAGUUGAUUUGGAAGAUAUUGCCUCUUUUGUAAAACACUUGAAUUCGGAGCAUGCAUUAGAUGACAGAUCAACAGCCCAGGCUCGGGUACAAAUGCAAGUGGUUUCCCAAUUGGAAAGUCACCUGCAAAAGGAAAGAGAUCGUCUGCAAGCUAUGAUGCAUCAUUUAUAUUUAUCAAAGCAGUUAUUGUCGCCCUCAAAAGUCGAUCGAAAGGAAGCUCCUGGAAAUGAAAUCAAUUUGUGCAGUGCAACGUCUCCAAUUGUGAUAAAUAAUGUUACUCGAGCUCUUUAUCGAUCGCAUUCUCCGAUUUCCGGUAAUCUUCCCAUUGCUAAUUCCAGUUUAUCUGUUAUAAAGAAAAGAAAUAAUGAAAAAAAUACAUUUUCAGUUACUGGUGGUCUCCCAUAUAUGCUAGAGAGAGCUGGUCUUGAUGUACAACAUGAAAUUCAACGCAAUAGGGAAUUUUAUAAAAAUGCUGACGUGCGUCCCCCUUUUACAUAUGCAUCUCUUAUCAGACAGGCCAUCAUUGACUCACCAGACAAGCAGUUAACAUUAAACGAGAUAUAUAAUUGGUUUCAAAACACAUUUUGUUAUUUCCGGAGAAAUGCAGCCACUUGGAAGGAAUUGGUUUUCUUGAAUUACUUGAAUACUUUUAUGGGUUCAAGGUACCCCCUACCCAGGCGCUCCCGACAAGGUCGAAAGAUGAAUCAUGAUUUGAAUCGACAGCCAGAUUCGUCCGAUUAUACAGUCGUGUUAUUGACGCCCGACCGCACGAGGGGAUGCAAAAUUUCAUAUCAAUAACUAUUUCCAGCCAAAUCUCAUACUAUAUUGCAGAUAAGCAAAGAAUAUAAUCAACAUGAUUCCAAUGCUAUGAGAUAUAAUAAUAUAAUAAGAUAUAAUAAAAAGAAAUCUUCCAGAAAGAUUAUUGGACAUAAGCUAGAUUCGAUAGAUGUAAUCAUAAAUAAUGUUGGGCCAAAUUCCCUCACAUUUAAUUUGAAUUUAAUACCUAUAUUUUUAUAUUUGGGACCACCCUAAUCAAUUGUCACUCUUGCAUUGUACAACUCUCCUUACUUACACUCAUUCGCCGAACAUUAGGCAAAGUGUGCUUGCUCAUACGUUUUAUAUUUUAGUCUAUAUCAAGAACUCUACGAAAGAACGGCUCAUUUGUUUAGAAGAAUAGCAUCCCCGUACUCUGAAACUCGUGCUGGACAGAAAUACGCUUCUGAUCCUACAUUUUUGGCGCCCUACGUGGAGCAGUGUUGUUCAAAGCUCCGUACAUCGCAGGAAUUGGUUUUCUUGAAUUACUUGAAUACUUUUAUGGGUUCAAGGUACCCCCUACCCAGGCGCUCCCGACAAGGUCGAAAGAUGAAUCAUGAUUUGAAUCGACAGCCAGAUUCGUCCGAUUAUACAGUCGUGUUAUUGACGCCCGACCGCACGAGGGGAUGCAAAAUUUCAUAUCAAUAACUAUUUCCAGCCAAAUCUCAUACUAUAUUGCAGAUAAGCAAAGAAUAUAAUCAACAUGAUUCCAAUGCUAUGAGAUAUAAUAAUAUAAUAAGAUAUAAUAAAAAGAAAUCUUCCAGAAAGAUUAUUGGACAUAAGCUAGAUUCGAUAGAUGUAAUCAUAAAUAAUGUUGGGCCAAAUUCCCUCACAUUUAAUUUGAAUUUAAUACCUAUAUUUUUAUAUUUGGGACCACCCUAAUCAAUUGUCACUCUUGCAUUGUACAACUCUCCUUACUUACACUCAUUCGCCGAACAUUAGGCAAAGUGUGCUUGCUCAUACGUUUUAUAUUUUAGUCUAUAUCAAGAACUCUACGAAAGAACGGCUCAUUUGUUUAGAAGAAUAGCAUCCCCGUACUCUGAAACUCGUGCUGGACAGAAAUACGCUUCUGAUCCUACAUUUUUGGCGCCCUACGUGGAGCAGUGUUGUUCAAAGCUCCGUACAUCGCAGGAAUUGGUUUUCUUGAAUUACUUGAAUACUUUUAUGGGUUCAAGGUACCCCCUACCCAGGCGCUCCCGACAAGGUCGAAAGAUGAAUCAUGAUUUGAAUCGACAGCCAGAUUCGUCCGAUUAUACAGUCGUGUUAUUGACGCCCGACCGCACGAGGGGAUGCAAAAUUUCAUAUCAAUAACUAUUUCCAGCCAAAUCUCAUACUAUAUUGCAGAUAAGCAAAGAAUAUAAUCAACAUGAUUCCAAUGCUAUGAGAUAUAAUAAUAUAAUAAGAUAUAAUAAAAAGAAAUCUUCCAGAAAGAUUAUUGGACAUAAGCUAGAUUCGAUAGAUGUAAUCAUAAAUAAUGUUGGGCCAAAUUCCCUCACAUUUAAUUUGAAUUUAAUACCUAUAUUUUUAUAUUUGGGACCACCCUAAUCAAUUGUCACUCUUGCAUUGUACAACUCUCCUUACUUACACUCAUUCGCCGAACAUUAGGCAAAGUGUGCUUGCUCAUACGUUUUAUAUUUUAGUCUAUAUCAAGAACUCUACGAAAGAACGGCUCAUUUGUUUAGAAGAAUAGCAUCCCCGUACUCUGAAACUCGUGCUGGACAGAAAUACGCUUCUGAUCCUACAUUUUUGGCGCCCUACGUGGAGCAGUGUUGUUCAAAGCUCCGUACAUCGCAGGUACAUAUACAUUCUGCAUACAUAUGUACAUAAGCGGGAGUGUUCCAGCAUAAAAGGUAUUGCUGUGCAUAUAUUUGCUUUCCGCCGUGACAUCGUUCAUAAAUCAUAUUCGUCAAAGUAGAAAUACAUAAGUGAAGCUGCUCACAAAAAGGCGCUUACAUACAUACGCACAAACUGCGCUGCAUAACAUAAAGGCAUGAAAUUCGUCGCAGGCAUUGCCCUUCUUCCUGCUUGACAUUAUACGCGCUCAGUUGAGUGAAACUCAUCGCCUUAUAUUUUGCACGCUCAGUUGCCAUAAUAUUAGCGGCAUUCGUAAUGUCUUCGAUCCCAAACUAAGAGAAGGGAAAUCUGCGCCAAUUCAAUCUGAACUAAAGUGUCGCUUGGAAAUUUUAAUCAGCUGAUCAGCUGCUUAAAAGGAGCAACAUUAGAAUCGGUGAAGGCAUUUCAGAUCACACCUGAAAACUUCCGAAAAGCACUUGAUCGUUUGAAUCAACGCUACGACAAUCCAACAUUAGUGUUCUUGGACAAUAUCUCGUUGUUGUUUAUGCUCAAGAGUAUGUCAAGGUCAAAUAGUCUCGAAAAUCGAUUGACAACUCUACAGCAUUGGACAACUCGCUAAAAUCAAUAGGCACAUAUCGCACAGACAAUGUUAAUAGCCAUUGUCAUAGAUAAGAUGGACAUGGAAUCUAAGCGCAAAUGGAACGAAUAAUUAGAUUAUUCCAAGUUGCCUACGUGGGAUUCGUGUAUAAAGGUAGUUGAGAGGCAUUGCCAAUAUUUGGAAUCACGCGGUAAGUAAGAAUUGAGCCAGUUUCGAACUGCGAUUGCAAGCAAACCACGAAGCCACGCGACAUGGUUUGUCUUUUAAUUGUUCAACUCACUCAUGUCCUCUUUGUCUUUAUUCAGAACAUCGAGUUUCACGUUGCAGUAUUCAAACAUACAUACACGAACUACUGACCAAAUCAUUCUAGCAACGGUCAUAGUCGAGGUCAUGGAUGCAUCUGGAAACUACAGGAUUGGUAGUGCUCUAUUGGAUUCUUGCUCACUUCAUAUCAGAUUAUCAGUUAGAAAAAUCCCUACGCUUGCCAAAUUGGGAAUCUGCAGCGUUGGCGAAUAACACACAAACAUCAAGUUUGGCACUUCGGCCAUAAUCAAGUUACGUUUGGAGGAUUUCAAGAUGCCCAUCGACAUUUAAGGCUGAGAGUCGAGUGACUGAAACGGCGCUUAAAUCGCAAUCCUCAGAUAAAGGCUGAAUAUACAGAAGGCUAGUCGACCCACACAAUCGCAUACCACAUCACUGCGUCUUUAAGCCAAAUAGCACUUCAGCGAAGCUUAGAGUUGUUUUCGAUUCCUCAAAUCGAACUUUAUCACAACGAUCACUCAAUGACUUGUUAGUGAUUGGACCAACUAUUCAGACGGAUCUAUUUACGCUUUUGAUACGCCUUCGGUCUUACAAAUAUGCAUUGACUGCCGAUGUUGUGAAAAUGUUCAGGCAAGUCCUGGUGGACUGUCGUGAGCGCCUCUAGCGCCAGUCAUUGUGACAGCAAAGAUCAGGAGGAGCUGUGGAUACUCAAAUUGCAAUGGGAUGAGUCUGUGCUACAAACACUUUACCUAGCUUGGAAAUUGUUUGCUGCAUCGCUUACUUCAGUUGAGUCGCUGACAAGACCUCGAUUCUGUAUGCAGCCGAACACCAAAGAGUUGCAGUUGCAUAGACUGUUUGCGAAUUGUUGCUUGGAUGCUGCGCUUCAUACACGCGCUUCCGAAACCCGUUGAGCUGUCUACGACCUCGCCAUCACCUCAAGAGCUACAACGUGCGUUUGUGAUCUGCAGCAACAACACUUCGCAGAUGAAAUUCAAGUUACAUAAAAUUUCGAAAUCAAUUUGUACAGAUUACAGACGGAUACCUACUACUGAAGAUUGGCGGCCGUCUCGAAUUGGCAAAUGCACCAGAGGUUCGGCACCUCUUGCACUAAUUCGUCUUCAAUUCUGGAUCGUAAAUGCUCGAAACCUGGCUCGCUCUAUCUUCAGAAGAUCUGCCUGUAGAGCGAUUAACUCCAUCGAGACCUUUCGCUCACUGUGGAGUUGACUUUUGCGGACCAGUCAGCGUCUACCUACGCAUUCAUUAGCGUCUACCUUCGGCUUACAUUAGUAUAUAUUGCCACCAAGGCUGUGCCUAGCGAGGUGGUAUCUGACCUCUCAACGGAUACUUUCAUACCCGCUUUAGGGCACAUGAUUGCACGACGAGGAUUGCCUAUGGAUAUAAUUUAGACAACGCCACGAAUUUCACUGGAUCAAGCAAUCAAUUAAAUGAUCUACGGAACUAAUUGUUCAAGCAAGAAAAUUAACAAUCAAUUAUUAGUUUUUGCACAAGUGAAUUCAUAAACUUUCGUUUCAGAGCACACCACUUUGGCGGCCUCUGGGAGGCGGCAGUUAAAAGCGCCAAGGGACUCAUGACGCACAGCCUAAUGAAUGCCCGCUGCACGUUUGAGGAAUUGGCCAUAAUCACAGCAUAAGUAGAAACCCUUCUCAACUCGCUCCUGCUCACUCCACUAUCAUCAGAUUGAUGCGACUUGGGUGCUCUGAUAUCUACCUUCCACUCCUUGCGAGCAUUGCCUGAACACAAUAUAGAAGAAAUCUUUAGACCGCUAGCGUUUGAAGACAGGUAUCAAACAAUGGUAUCAAACUUUGGCGACGCUAGCAGACUCCUUCAAUGAGCUGAACGUACGCUCCAAGUGGAUCAAACUAUCAUCCAGUAUCUCUAUUGGUGACAUGUUUCUCAUACAUGAGGACAACAUACCUUCUCCGAACUGUAUAAUGUGUCGCAUUAAAGUUACAAUCUAUGAACGAGA